UGAUUUUAUACGCGUUUCCAUUUUCAUCACCGCGGGCGCGUCUGGGCCAGACGUCGACCGCGUUUCUUCAACAGGCGGAGAUAUACUUGCAGACACCGUGCUUUCAGACUUCCCAUACUACUAGAUAUUUACGCCUCGACACAGUUAUUGACUGAGACUCGAAUAGGCUGAGUAGCCACAGCCCAGCAAAAACUCAGCCCGUCCGAACACAAGUACACCUGUCUCUCGAAUUCUCUCUGCCCCAGGUCGAGCAACCGCCAGCGUUGUCGCUUGAAUCCUCAAAGGGACUGUACAACAGAGACUACCUGAAUUUCUUGCCGGAUCACCACCAGACACCGAAGCCAUCCUUGUUAAGAAAAUUACAAGCCGCUGCAGUGAACCAGAAUCGACUAAAAAUUGCCUUGCCCCGCCAUUUCGGUCACUGAAAGGGCCAAGCCAGAGCCAGAUACAAGGAGAAGAGAAGAGAGGAACCUGGUCGCCUGGAGAGGCAACUUCGAGCUGUUUGUACCGAACCGGACCGAAUGCAGCCAUGCCGCCACGGAAAAGCAAUGCCUCGACAGCAGCGGCCACUGAUGCCAAUGGCGAUGUGUCUAUGGUGUCAAAUGCAACCACUUCAUCCAACACUGCACAGGCCAAAUCGUCGCGUCAAUCAGGCGGAGGAAAACAAGAUGACGGCGUGAGCAUUGAUGAUCUUCUACUGCCACGAACGCUCGUAUCCCGGCUUGCCCGCGGCGUACUCCCACCCAACACGUCCAUCCAGAAAGACGCGACUCUUGCCAUAGCGAAGUCGGCCACUGUUUUCAUCUCGUACCUGGCACAUCAUGCGAACGAGCAAACGACAAAGAAGACUAUCGGCCCCCAAGACGUACUCAAGGCACUUAAGGAGAUUGAAAUGGAUGGUGUCAUGGAGCUGGGUGCUGUGGGAAAAGACGGCCGGUUAGGUGGUCGGCUCGAGCGCGAACUGGAGGCUUACGAGAAAAUUCUCCAGCGCAAGAGAAAGGGAUACCGUGACAAAAUGAAGGCGCGGGAGAGUUUGGCCGCGGAUGGCGACGAUGAGGCAGAGAGGGGAGAGCCCAGCAGCAAAAAGGCAAGGAGGGCAAGCGAAGAAGAAGAAAAUGUCGAUGACGACGAACGAUUGCUCGAGCAGCAGCUCAAUGGGACGGGCGGUGAGGACAACUUUGACUCCGAACAUACUGAGAAGUCGAAGCGGAAGAGUAAGUCCAGUCAGUCUGUCGCGAACGGGAAGGCCAGAGCAUCCGCGACCGAGUCCGAGGUCGAGGGCGGAGAUACAGCCGCCGAAGAAUCGGGGCACGGAGAUGAGGAUGAUGAAGACGAAGAACCAGAAGAAGAGGAUGAAGAGGAUGAACAAGACGACCAGGAAGAUGAGGAUGUCGAAGAUGACCAAGAUGACCACGAUGAAGAAGUCGACUCCGUGGAGGAUGUGGACGGCAGACACCGCUCCAACGGCACGCGAAGGCCACUUAUACCGGGGCGGGACGUGGAUGUCGGAAGCGAGGAUGAAAGCGAUUGAGUUUCUGCCUUGGGUUCUUCAUCUGUUCUUACAUCGCUUUUUGCCGUCAUUAGGGCCUCUUCCAAGUUUCUGCUCCUCGCAGCUGCCGGUGACCACGACGUAUAUCACCAAUCCUCACAUGUCUACGCUUUAUGAGAGGUCACCUGUUUGUCCCAUUGGAUCACUUUCCGGCAAACAAGAGUCCUGCUCUAUGCUCCGAACAUGGCCGCCGGUGGCACAGAAUCGUGAAAAUCUUCAUCCUACGCAGACCAUUGCGCAUGAUCGCUGUGCCCAGGUACAGUACUUUAUGCGGCAUGACGAGAGCAGCGGAAGGCUAGCCAGAACAACUUACAAAGAGCGCUAUGUGGCCCAGUCACUAUUGCAUCUUUACGCCCCAUUCGCUUGGCUUUGCCUUGCGUGGCAAGUGACUUAGCGGCAUGAUUGCAUUGUAACUUGAAGCUCAGGGUGUACAGUGGUUGGAUAAACCCGUUGACAUGGCAUCAGCCGACGCAAAUGCUGGUCCCUCUUCAAAGCCUUUCGUAACCCGGCCUUUAUCUUCCUGAAGCAGGCAGAGGCAUUGGAGUUGGCUAUAGUACACGAGGACUAGGAGGAAACUGCAAUGGCGCCGGCUUUGCAUGUGCCGAAUAGUCCGAGGCAUUGUAUGUACCAGUACCAGUGCCAACGUUUGAGCACGUCUACAGCCAUGCUUACCCUGCGUCCAGUCUGUAUCAUGCUCUUCUACGUCUCCGCCGCUUUUGUCUCUGCCAAUCCCCAUUCAUCUUUGGGUAUCCGUCUUCUCCCCUUUUCAAUAACGCCGAGAGGCGCCAGGACACUGUAAGCAUACUCACCAAAGGUAUCAAUGUUGCAGUUCGGACCCUUAACGUCGAUGCCUUCUUCGUCUCUGUCUACUUUUCCUUUCUUGCCUUGACGGCGUCCCGAUCCACCUGCGUCUUCUUCAUCAUGAUGGCCAAGUCCGUCUCUGUCAUGCUUAUUAGGCUGAAGAUCAUCAUCCCAUAGCCAUCGCUCCUCUCCCCUUCUUCGAGCAUCGGAAACACGCUUGCACGGAACUUCGUCGCGCAAGAUCCGUCUCAUGAACGACAUGGCGGCACAAAUUGCGGCCUCGGCAUCUACCAAGGCGGUGGUAUGUGCUGCGCAGAGCCUGACGCGGGCUGGGCGGGAGGAUGCCUUAGUAGAGGCGUAGGAGUCAAAAGGGGAUUUAGUGUUGACGAGGACCCAGCCGUCUUCCUCGUCGUCUUCACAAGAGCCGACAUUGUUCUUCUGUUUUACAAAAUCCAGGAUCUUCUUAGCGCUCUCCCACCAACUCGCGAGGAGACUAUCCAUAUUGAACAUUAUAGGCAUGGGCGGCUCCGGGCCCCAGGCGGCCGAGCGAGUUGUUCCUGUUUGUUUCAAAUAGAAACUGUCGCCAACACAUAGGGUCCGCGUAC